CAAACACUGCAGGAUGGCAUUAAACAUCUGACUGCUGCUGCAGGAGGGGAGGGGGUGUCACGAAAAUUGCGUUAAUUUGUGUUGCAGAACCACAAAAGAGCACUUUGUUAGGAAACGAGGAGUUUGUGCAGAGGCUGCAGACUGGGGGUGUAGCCUGUAAGCCUACUAUAAUAGGCUAAGAGGGAGAGAGGGAAAGACGUGGACAGUGAUGCUGCGCGUUAUCUUCCCACUAAAUGAGGGUUGUCUUUCCCAGUUCAGGCAGCAGGGCUCCUCCACCCAACCAGCGAAAAUCUGGAAUUUAAGCGACAGCAGCAGCAGGGCGUCUGUCUGCUGGACUCCCAUCAACCGCACCUCCGCCGCUCCUUCGCCACACGCCAGAAGAGGAGGAGGAGGAGGAGAAGACUCGAUCGCAGUGCCAUGUGCAGAACGCCACGGAUCCGUGAAUUCAUGCGGUGACAGACGAGCUGGAAUGGAGCGCUUCUCCACAAAUUCCUGCAGACGCACCGCCUGUGAUACGCUGGGGCUUCUGCUGUAGAGCGACAAACCUUCACGCGCAGCAGUCAACCGCGACGAUCCGGUCUUUAUUGCAAAGCAAAAAUAAACGCGGAUCUGUUGUCAGGUGUCACCUUUCAGUCCAACAACCACAACAAUGGGGGAGCAGCCCAUCUACAGCACGCGAGCCCAUGUCUUCCAGAUUGACCCCAACACUAAAAAGAACUGGCUGCCAACAAGCAAGCACGCCGUCACUGUCUCCUACUUCUACGACAGCACGCGCAAUGUCUACCGCAUCAUCAGUUUGGAUGGCACCAAGGCAAUAAUCAACAGCACCAUAAGUCCCAACAUGACCUUCACAAAAACCUCGCAGAAGUUUGGCCAGUGGGCAGACAGUCGAGCAAACACCGUCUACGGGCUGGGAUUCUCCACCGAGCAUCACCUGUCCAAGUUUGCAGAGAAGUUUGCAGAGUAUAAAGAAGCCGCGCGGCUCGCCAAGGAGAAGAGUCAGGAGAAGAUGGAGAUGGCUACAUCUCCUUCUCAGGAGUCUCCAGCUGGGGAGCUCGCCUCGCCUCUGACCCCCGUGACUCCACCCAUGGAAAAUAUCAACGGCACAGAUGAGCUGUGCGACACGACUCCAAACUCAGACUCCCGUCCAGAGCCAACCCAGAAUGCGCUGGCAUUUGCACACAGCCCAGCCAUGACCAAACACUGGGAAGCUGAGCUGGAGGCGCUAAAGGGGAACAAUGCCAAGCUAACGGCGGCUCUGCUGGAGUCCACGGCCAACGUCAAACAGUGGAAACAGCAACUGGCCGCCUACCAGGAGGAGGCAGAGAGACUACACAAACGAGUGACAGAGCUAGAGUGCCAGAGCAACCAAACCCUGGUGGUCAAAUCCCAAAAGACCGAACUCAAUCAAACCAUAGAGGAGCUGGAGAACACUCUACGGGAUAAAGAGGAGGAAAUGGAGAAGCUGAAAGAAGAGCUGGAGAACAUGAACGACCUGAUGGAGCAGAAAGACACACUUACUCAGAAGCUUGAGGAGACGGAGCUGCGCAGCCGGGUGCUGGAGGAGCAGCUGGCCGGAGCCGAGCAGAGGCUGGAGGAGAACCAGGAAGAGCAGGAGAAUUUCAGAAAGAGCCUGCGAACACUGCUGGAGCUGCUUGACGGGAAGAUCUUUGAGCUGACGGAGCUCAGAGACACCUUGGCCCGGCUCAUAGAGGAGGCCAGCUAAAGACAAACAUCCCUAACUUUCACAGCCAGAGCCAUAUUAUAAUUUACUUAAAAGCCCAAACGUACCGGCACCAUACCCUCCUCCCUACUUAUGAAAAAUGACAAACUGCACUGCCCACACUUAUACGUUACUGACAAAGGGCAGCUGAUCUCCUGUUCUAACCUUGCAGGCUCUGAGUUUCUACCAACUGCAAACAAUCCUGCAGUUCAAAAUGACGCAGGGACUACCUCAGCUCGCCUUCUGAUUGGCUCGGUCAGCCUGGUUGAUCCGGUGGUACAUUUGUCUGCUGUGACAUACUGCAACUGCCCCCCCAUCCAGUCCAAUCACACCCACACGCUUGAGACCUGUGCCUCAGUGCCAUCUAUCGUUUGACCAGGAGAGCUGCAGCACAGCUCACAGCUACAUCAAACCCACAAACGCCCCUCAGGGGGUACGUUGAAAGACAAGUGGAGAUCAUUGUUGUUAAGACUCAGAGAACUGUGCCAAAGCUGCCAAAUCUCCUGAAAAUGUUGUCCUCUUGCUUUGAUCCAAAGUAACGUUGUGUACAGAGAAGAUUUGAAGAACACACACACUUACUCGUUGUGCCACAAGAAUGUAAUUCACAACUGAAUAUUUUAAAAUCAGCUCCUAGUACCGUUUUGGCUACAAGUGGCAUCACGGUUGCCCCCCAGUUUGACUCCCUGCUGGGAAGUAAAGUCAGCCCCCCAGUGAAAAUAAAGGUUUCUCUAAAUCACUACCUCUAUUAAAACUCCGAUAUGAUGAACGACUUUUGACUCUCCUAUUGUCCUUUUUCCCGUCCAAAUUAAUCUGAUUGAAAUUAAGGUUUUUUUUUUAACAUCCAAACUGCUUCCACCGCCACAGACAAGUGAGCUGUCUUCCUGCCAAACUCAGUGUGGCAAUGUGUUCUGACAAGGUGUGACGUAGUGUGUGUCCUGAAAGCACAUGAGGGGGCACGUUUGUAGAUAACACACACUGAGCAAUACCAGACAGGCUCCGUGUAACAGUUUCAGGUAACAUACUCAGUGGAAAGGACAAACACAAAUUAGGCUGAUCCCUCCCUCCCUCCCGUCUGCCCGUCCGUUCCCCCCCGCCGUCUCACAGAAAGUGUACUGCUGUUGACCGCUAAACUGUGUGGCAGCCCUGUGUGGUCAGAGUAGUGCAUCCAGAAGGGCUUACAGAGCGUCAUCUCCAUGUUCUUAAAUCUGGACCCUCAGUGAAACUGGCCAGAUUUUCACUCCUUACAGGUGAAUUCAGAACUGUACUUUUCUUUCUGUUUUACUUUCUUUAUUAUUAUUUAUUUUCCACUGGACAUACUACGGAUUAUUCCAACUGUAUUUGACAACUUUAUACUCAUGCUGGCAUUGUAAAUGAAUGGAUGGGUUGAAUGCAGUGACACCCUGCAGUGGCUUAUUGCUGUGUAUUAACUGUGCGUGGGUACACUCUCAAAUCCUCUUCUGUAUAUUAAAAAAAAAAACAAUCAAACAAAAGCACUCCAUGUGAACGCUUAGCAUUAUAUGUUUUGUACCAAAUUACACAUGUAUAAAAACAGCUUUCAGCUUCUUUUAAAAUGAAAAAUAUAUAAAUAUUUAUCCUCAUGAGGUGCUGCUGAUCUCAUAUUUUAACUGAGCGCCCAGUUUGCACUAUGUUAUUACACUGGUAUAACUUAGUCAUAGACUAAUAGAACUGCAUUUAGCACUAGUGCAAAAAAAAAAAAAAAAAGUCAUGUACCUGAAUUGAUUUCUGUAAUUAGUUCCACAGGUUAAUACACCGGAAUAAGACUAAAGGAGGGGUGUGACUUUCUUCCAUCCAGAGAUGCAGUCCCUUCAUAUUAAUGCUGUUGUUAAUGAAUGCCUUUGUACAGUAGUGGAUAAAAAGCUUUUCAUUCUCCUGUUUUGUAACUUAUAGUAUUUCAAUGUAGGUAUUAUUAUUAUUACUGUUGUAUUUAGACGUAUGAGAGGACUGGCAAUAUUUUUGAUUAUUUAAGUAAUUUUGAACUGAUAAUAUUAAAGGGGUACCUCAGGUGAGCUGUGAUUGUAAACUGGUGAGAUUUAUGUCUGCAAAUGAAAGAAUUUGCCCCCCAAAACA